AUGCCGACAGCGAACAGUGACAGAUGUCCCACUACUACUGUCACAACAACAGCAGAUGAUGACAGCCUUCCUUCCACUUUGUCUCAUUCUCAGCAACAGUCUCGGCGCGCAAGCAAAGCAAUUAGAUGUGCCUAUGGAGAUUGCACAGACAAGGCCGUCAAAAUUAUUGGUGAAUGCCGAUAUUGCGAAUCCAAAUACUGCGGUCGCCACCGAUUGCCAGAGGCACAUGCAUGCGAUAAUAUAACAAGCUGUCGCCAGGAUGCAUAUGACAAGAACACAUCCAAGUUGCUUAGAGAGCGUUGCGUCGCAAACAAAGUAUGAAAUAGCACCCAUGUAGUAGUUUUUAUAUAGCAGUGACACC